AUGCACUCCAACAACAUGAUCUCCGCGCUGGCCACGCUGGCCAUGGCCAGCUCCGCCGCCGCCCACGCCACCAUGUACGGCGUCUGGGUCAAUGGCGAGGACCAGGGUGACGGCCGCAACGUCUACAUCCGCACGCCCCCCAACAACGGCCCCGUCAAGGACCUCGCCUCCCCCGACCUCGUCUGCAACGUCAACGGCGCCAAGGUCGCCCCCGACUUUGUCUCGGCCGCCGCCGGCGACACCCUCAGCUUCGAGUGGCAGCACGACAACCGCGACGACGACAUUAUCGACGGCAGCCACCAGGGCCCCAUCAUCACAUGGGUCGCCGCCUUCACCGAGGACGACGGCACCGGCCCCAUCUGGUCCAAGGUCGCCGAGGACGGCUUCGACGGCACCCAGUGGGCCGUCGACAAGAUCAAGGCCAACAACGGCAAGCAGGAUUUCACCAUCCCCUCCAACCUCGCCGCCGGCAAGUACAUCUUCCGCCAGGAGAUCAUCGCCCACCACGAGUCCGACACCGCCUUUGCCGACAACCCGGCCCGUGGCGCCCAGUUCUACCCCUCGUGCGUCCAGGUCGAGGUCACGGGUGACGGCGACGCUGUCCCCGACCAAGGCUUUGACUUCAACGCCGACUACACCUACGAGGACCCCGGCAUCGUCUUCAACCUCUACAACUUUGACGGCAGCUACACCAUCCCCGGCCCCGAGGUCUGGAGCGCUGAGGGUGGCAGCAGCUCGCCUGCUGAGCCCUCCGCUGAGCCCUCCACCGCGCCCGAGCCUACUACCGCGCCUGAGGAGCCUUCUUCGUCCGCGCCUGAGCCCACCGCGUCCGCGCCUGUCGACUCCGCGCCCGCUCCUAGCAUCACCACCCUGUCGACUGUCGUCGUGCCCACCAGCGCUGUGACCCAGCCUACUGCCACUGCCACUGCUGCUCCUGAGACCCCUGAGGCUCCGGAGACCCCUGCGCCUGAGGUCCCCGAGGAGGGCUGCAAGCUCAAGCGCCGCAGCAGGAAGAGCAAGCGCUCCGCCAAGGCCCGCCGUGCUUCCAGGAUGGCCUAG